AAUUAACAGGAAUAAAAGCGUCAUCCCAUCAUGUUAGGCACAAGUCAUCAGCAAAGCCAUACAAUUUGGUUUACUGUGAGGAAAGGUGUACUUGAUUACACGUUUAUUAAAGAGUGCAACGCAGUAUUUACUUUAAUGAAGGGUACUGUUAUAAUUGGCGCAAUGGGGCUAAUGUGCAGUGCGCCAUGAAGCCCCAGGUGUGUGAGGAGCCAGCCGGCACUCAGCAGCCGCCAUAAUGAGAGAGCUCGCUUACCUCCUCUUCCUCUGCCUAGUUGUGGUUAGCGGUAACCCCGCAGCGGACAAACCUUGGUACUGGACGUCUCCAAGGCCACUUGUUACCCCAAUUAGUACUCCAACUGGGUCUAUGAGGUCGUCUCGCAUCGUGGGCGGCAUAGAGGCGGUGCCCCACUCCUGGCCUCAUCAGGUGGGUCUUUUCAUUGAUGACAUGUUCUUCUGCGGCGGUUCCCUCAUCUCCAGCGAAUGGGUGCUGACCGCCGCGCACUGCAUGGACGGAGCGGACUUCGUGGAGGUGGUGAUGGGAGCUCACAACAUCAAGAAGAAAGAGCCAUGGCAACUUACAGUAAACAGCACCGACUUCUUCACUCACAAGGAUUGGAAUGCCACGAUGCUCACCAACGACAUUGCGCUCAUCAAACUUCCCUUCUCCGUAACAUUCAACAACUACAUCAAUUCCAUCCGCCUGCCUUCCUCUACCAUUGGAACGGGCCAUGUUGUCGUCGCCACGGGCUGGGGUCUCUAUUCCAAUGAUGCAUCGGCCAUAUCACCGGUCCUGCGGCAGGUGGAACUAACGGUCAUCAGCAAUGUAGAGUGUCGGGAAGCAUACCAUCACUACAUUCAUCCUCAAGUUGUCUGCAGCGAUGGCUCCUCCGGUAAAGGCACCUGCAAUGGUGACUCAGGUAGCCCCCUCAACAAGGACGGGGAGAUCUAUGGCAUCACAUCCUUCGGGGCCGCUGUGGGAUGCGCACUGGGCUACCCAGACGCCUUCACCCGGGUCUACCACUAUCUCCAAUGGAUCCACGACAAGACAGGAAUCACUCUCUGAACGACGCUGCCAGAUUGGAAAUAGUGACACACACACACA